AAAUGAAAACUGACUUGCCUUGCAACAGGGUCUCAAGCCUCGCAUUUAAUUCGUUUUAAGAAAUUAAUUAAAUAUAAGCAGUUAUGUGUCUGAAGUGAUUUACUUGUGCAAUAUAAAAAAAAAAACAAAAAAAUGCCGCGAAAAAGAACGAAUAAGUCACCGUCGGUUGAUAAACGUUCCGAACCGGAUAUUGAUGAUGACGAUUUUUAUUUUGAUGACACGCAAUCCAACUCAGGUCGCAAUUCGCACGAGCCGCACAGAAACGCAGCCAAUGCACGAGAACGGGCCAGAAUGCGGGUUUUGUCAAAAGCAUUCUGCAGACUGAAGACUACUCUACCCUGGGUGCCAGCUGACACUAAGCUGUCCAAGUUAGAUACACUACGCUUGGCUGCAUCCUACAUUGCGCAUCUACGAGCACUACUACACGAGCCACGAUCAGCACAUACCCCACCACAUCCACUUAGUUUGGCUUGGCCUUUCGCGUUCCAACAUGGCGGCAGUCUAAACUGUGCAGUAUCACAAAGAUGGAACGUUGGCGCUCCAGAACCGAGUUGUAGAUCCAACAUAACACCAAGAGAAGCUAUGCAAAGCCAAGACAACUACAACGAAUACGACAACGAUUACGAAGAGAGAUGCUACGAAGACGUGUCCUCGAACGACGCAUGCGCACAAAUGCAAUACUGUGAUUACGGUUAUAAAGAAGAUUAUUAUGAAAUUAGAAACAGUUAUCCGACAGAUAAUGCAAUAAAUAAUAUCUAAAAUCAUUAAACCAAGUUUUUGUGGUCAAAUUUCUUAUUGCAUGCUUUUCGAUAAAUUCUUUUUAAUUGAUCACUUUUAAACUGGCUAUCUGCUAAUUCCGUCCACGAUUGCGUAACUUAUCACAUGCAUUGCUCCUUUACUUUUCGCUUAAAAAUUUGACUUUAUGUUAAAACAGCCAAAGCAUGAGUUAGUUUAGUAGAAUUGUUAUUGGUUGCUUGAAAUACCUUCUUUAUAUUCUUCCCAUUCUCUUUAUUUGACAGCAUACCUAAUAAAAUAAAGUUUGCCGAAGUAUUUAUUAAUGUAAUUAAUAAGUAUGCCGUACAUAUAAGCAAUUAAAUUAAAUUAAAUGUUUCGUGGUUAAUAAUGGAUUCAAUACUAUUAAUAUUGAUAGAAAUACUCGUAAGUCAAAUAGAGUAGUUUUUCUUUGAAAUAAGUUAAAUCUCAUUUUACUGCCCUUAAAUCUCGUUUUACUGCUAUUCGCUUUUCACAAAACUACAACCGCAUUUUGUUUAUUUUUGUUUAUGUAUGUUAUUUUAGUUGGAUUAAACUCGAAAACGGCUGUAAAAAUUAUAAAUGAUUUCAUUGAGACAUAAAGAACUUUAUCCUAAAAUGUUCAUAGAAAAUAUUAAUUUUCUGCAACCAAAUAUUUUAUUAAUAAAGAAAAUUUGUUUUUUCUGAUAUAUUUUUUUCUAAAUUUGAAACUGACCAACACACGAGGCACUUCUGACUUUUAAAUGAAGUAAAAUAGCUCAGAUAUUCUUAACGAGAAUGAAAUGUAACGUGUUUCUUAAUUUUGCUGUAAUUCGAUAUAGAACAAAGUGGAUGUCAAAGAAACUCCGCUAAACCUGACAAAACAAACAAGAAUAGAUGACAGAACUGAAGUGCUGCGGAAACGAAUAUUUUAGAAAAGAUCAUUCGUAUUGGUGGGCCGUGUUUUAUGCCGGUCACUGACAUGCGCGCAAAUAUUCGUACAUUGUACGAAUGUUUGCGCGCAUGUGAAGGGCCGUCAAACAUUCAUUCGCAAACCUAGCGGCUGUGCAAAUGGGUUCGCAUACUCAAUUUGCGAACCCGUUUGCGCUUCCUCCUACGCUUGUUUACGAAUGUCUCAUGAAUUUCUCCUCCUUUUUAAUUCGUCCAUAGAACAUUGAAGAGAAAAAGAGUUUUUAAUUCUAUCCCAGACAUUAACAGCCAUGCUGUUUUUAUGGGAUUUCUUUUGAUGAAGAUACGCUACACAGUAGACGUCACGAACUAUGAAAAUGGCGUAUAGUAUACGUCCGUCACCUUCGCAAUCGUCGGCGCAACUGGGCAAGCGAAUGUGUGGGAGACUACGCGAAGGUUCGCGGUUCGCACGCUUUGAUGUCUGUUAAAAAACCGACACAGCUUGGAAAACCGCGAAUGCAGCGAAAACUUUGCAUAAUCAUUCGCAAAUGUCGUCCUACACUUGUGGGUUUACGUAUUCGUGCGCAUGUGAGUGACCGGUGUUAAGCUCACACGAGCAUUUUUAAUUUUUAUUGCUUGGAUGGGUGGACGAGCUCACAACCCACCUGGUGUUAAGUCGUUACUGGAGCCCAUAGACAUCCACAACGCAAAUGCGCCACCCACCUCGAGACAUAAGUUCUACUGUCUCAGUAUAAUUACAACGGCUACCCCACCCUUCAAACCGAAACGCAUUCCUGCUUCACGGCGGAAAUAGGCGGGGUGGUGGUACCUACCCGUGCGGACUCCCAAGAGGUCCUACCACCUAUAUAUUUAUAAAAUUUAAACGGCUCGAAGAGAUAUAUUUGGACAUUCCGAAUAAUUUGCAUACAAAUUUUAAUAGUCCUCCUGAACCGUAUUUCGGGACCCACCUGGUGUUAAGUGGUUACUAGAGCCCAUAGACAUCUACAACGUAAAUGCGCCACCCACCUCGAGAUAUAAAGUUCUAAGGUCUCAGUAUAGUUACAACGGCUACUCCACCCUUCGAACCGAAACGCAUUACUGCUUCACGGCGGAAAUAGGCGGGGUGGUGGUACCUACCCGUGCGGACUCCCAAGAGGUCCUACCACCAGUGA